UGUACUUAAAUACGAGGAAGAUCCUAUUAAGUAUCAGCCUCGCGUCCUUAUGUAUAUGGUAUCGUCGUCCUACCACACGACUAGGGACACAGACAAGGAGACAAGAUAGUGCUGCUAUGAAUACAAUCUUGCUCUUGGUUUUCACACUGGCCCUGAAAGCCACAUCGACCAUGACCAGCAACGAAGUUGAUGAGAAUGAAAGUUGUGACCGUCGCUGUCACUGUUGGCAUGACAACAGAAGCUAUGGUGGGGACAUGAACAUAGCCAACUGUUCAGGCCGGAACAUAUCUUCACUGCAGGAUCUCAUCCUUCCUACAAACACCAAUGUGAUCCUUCUGGAACGUAACAACAUAAGAAAAUUGGGAAAUGACGACUUUAGACCAUAUCAUAAUCUGACCCAUUUAGAUUUGGGCACUAACGAGAUAUCGAUUGUGGAAGAGAGAGUGUUUGGACAACUGUACCAACUGGUUUUCCUUAACUUAGAAACAAAUCAUAUUGCUUUACAUGUUUUGGGCCAAAAUCCACAAUUAUUCAAAGACCUUGUUAGCUUGAAGGUUUUGAAAUUGAACGACAAUGGAAAUGGGCGUAAAAGUGUGUGUUCUGUUGACACGAAAACCUUAAACACCUACCCUGAUGUUUUUCACUGGCUUGUUUCGCUGGAGACCUUAUUCAUUGACGGAAUCACCAACGCAACUUUUGGUUUAGGAUUCUCUAACCUCACCAAGUUUACCAGCCUUACAAUGUCUGGAGAUAAUGGACAAUGUACCAUAGGGAACCUUCAUAAUACAUCCUUUGAACAUGUACAAUACCUAACAUACUUGGAUAUAUCAAACUGUUCUAUAACUGACAUUGAGGCUGACACGUUUUCACAUAUGCCAAACAUUCAAACCCUGAACAUAUCCUCCAACAUGCAUCUUGGAUUCACGAAAUUAGGUCAAGCUUUAUACGGCCUUCAGUCAUCUAACAUUAGAAUCCUGGUAGCGAACAGAAUCGUCCUAAUGCAUCCGAAAUGUGUCGUGAUCAAACAAGAGGAUGUGCAAUAUCUGAACAACACGUCCCUAACACGACUCUAUGUGGAUGACAACAGUAUCAUGAACAUCGAGCGAGGCGUGCUGCGUCUCUUGCCAAACACUCUGAGCUUCAUCUCUGCACAACGGCAUAAACUUGAUUAUGGAGCUUACUUCCAGGAACUGAAAUAUCUCACAGGCUUAAAGUAUUUGCACCUCAGUGGAGUGUCUUACCAUAUAGAUGUGCCCAUUCGAGAUAUGUUGGAGGUACAGUUUUCUGAUGAAGUAAACGGUAUCCAUCCAAUGUCUUGGGUUUAUGAAAUACAGCCUUAUACAUAUCCGUAUAACACAACGCCUGAUUUAGGGGUAGCAAAUUUAACACUACCCCCAAACCUGACGAAGGUUCAUUCGAACUUUACACAACUGACUAAUACGCUUGCAUCUGUAAGGAUUCAAGCUGAGAGUUUACAACAAGUGGAUCUAUCCAGCAAUCUCCUUCAGUUUCGUGAAGGGACUUUGUUAGGAUAUGACAAUGUAACCUUUUUAGACUUAUCCAACAACCUUGCUCGGUGGCUGUCUCCAGAUCUGUUUCAACACUGUGUUUCCUUAGAAGUGCUAAAUUUAUCGUACAACUUCUUCAAAUGGAACCUAUACAAUGAUACGGAGGGAAAGAUUUUCAGAAAUCUGUUUCGCUUGAAGCAACUUCACCUCGCAUCAAACGGUCUGGAGCAGGUAAGUGGGAUGAUAUUUCGUAAUCUGACAUCGCUUGAAAUUCUUAACUUGUCUAAUAACUCGCUGUACAACUUUUCCCCUGAACUGGGACAUCUAAAGAAGUUGAAACAGAUAGAUUGUUCAAACAAUCAGAUUCACUGGCUUAUGUCAGAUGUUCGAAGACAAAUAAGUGCUUUGAAACUAGUCUCCCCGAACCUGACGUUGAACCUGCGUGGGAACCCAUUGGGGUGUACAUGUUGGAAUUUAGAGACUUUAAGCUGGCUGCUUGAUUCGGGAGUGACCCAAGAUGAUAUGUAUGGCUAUUUUUGUUUGCAAAACCAUCACAGAAGAUACAUUAAAAAUAAAGACGAGUUUCAAGAUCUGAUAAGCGAAAUGAAGACCAAAUGCUUUGCUUCCGUAAGUAUUUCCCUUGGCACAUCUGCUGGAAUCCUUUUCUUCUUCUGUGUCGUGAUUGUUGGGUUGGUUCGAAGAUACAGGUGGAAGUUACGCUAUCUCUUCUACUCUGCCAGACUUAAGUAUAAAAGUGACCACAAUACUCCAGAUGAUGGGUACUUCAUGCAUGAUGCUUUUGUCUCCUACGCUGAUGAAGACCGUGCAUUUGUCGUCAAUGACAUGCAACACCACAUGGAAAUUUAUGAUGGAAUAAACCUCAACAUCCACCACCGUGACUUUAUGCCAGGAGAUCCUAUAGCUUCAAACAUCAUUGGCGCCAUCAAGAAUAGCAGGAAGACUGUGGUGGUUCUGUCCCAGAACUUCCUCAACAGUUACUGGUGCACGUACGAACUGCGCAUGGCCCAGAUGGAGAGCAUCAGUAGUGGGAGGGACAUUCUCAUCAUCAUCAUGUUCGAACCCGUGCCUGCCAAGAACAUCCCGCCAGAAAUUUUGAAACUGUUGCACACAGAUUCUUACAUAGCCUACCCAAGCGAUGAGGAAGACAGGGAGGAGUUCUGGAGAUGCUUGUGUCAGAGUGUCCGACCACAGUGACCGGGACCAUCUUACCGCGGAUGUAGCGAGAUCGUAUUCGUAAAAUUUGUGUUAGAGUCAGUUCCUGUAAUUAACGUCGGGUAUUGGGACGGAUAUAUUAAAAAAUAUUUUUUGUAUCGAAACCAUUUGGCCACUUCAACCAACUUCGGAUAUAUCUAAGGCAAAUGCAUGAACAUAUUGUUCUUGACGAACCAUUUGUUCUUUAUAACUAACUUCGGAUAUAUCAAAGAUUGAAGUGAGACCGUCAUAUCUUUUAAAUCUAUGUGUAACAAUUCGAAUUAAGAAUUCCUUUUUACUUUCAUUGCCGGGGAGACUAUUUUAGCAUAACACUGCCAGCGAAACGGCAAAGGGUUACUCAUUUUGGAUUAUGACAUGACUGGGGAAAUGGUCUACAAUUCUAUUUUCAGGCUACGGGGACGUUUUAGAGUAAUAUGACUCGACAAGUUUCCGGAAUCAAAUCUUCCUAUACUUUUUAAUUCCGGUUCGUGCUUUGUACAUGCGUCAACACAGUGAAACCUGUUUUGUCCGUACCCUGUGCUUUCCGGAUGGGUACCGUUAGGGAUGUCUACACAUGAACACACGACAUUAUUCCGUGACAAUGACUUUUUUAAGGUACUUGUAACGGUACUUGAUUAACGGGGCUGCACUGCACUUUGCUAUUUGUAGAUUUGUCAAAUGUCGUCUCAACGGAUUUAUUUUUAAUUUAGAGCUAUUUCUCACAAAUGGUUUCAAUAGCUAGUCCUUAUGACAAAGCGCUAUUCUAUAAACAUGACACAAGAUACUAUGUCCUGCAUAUUCUCACAAUCAUCACGUUGAUUACCCGUACCAUUUCUCACAUUGGAUUGUCAUUUUGGACACUCACUAGACACUCUCCUCUCAAAAUUAACGUCGUCCAAUAUACGACGUCAUCAAGGUACGAGGUCCAGAAAUGACCUCAUGAUAGAUCUAUUUUAUAUCGGGAAAUAACACACUCUUCGUUCUUAAUUGUUCUUUGUGAUUUAUCAAGUAGCUAUCUUAUAUAAUAUGAUACAAUAUAAAUGAAUUCCACCUCACACUUGAGGCAGCCCCUUGAAGUUAGCAUUAAAGUCAGACAAGGAGGCACUUCUCGAAUGAUUGGAACCAUUGUAAUGGAUAUUGCCAUGGCUAUGUUUGCCAUAUCAAUUCGCUGUGAACCAUUCAUGUCUGGCAGAAAUUAUUCCUUCUCAGUUUUAAUUGAUAACCUUGAUGUAAAUGAAUACUUGAAUAUAUACAUAUUUAUAUAUGCUUGUUUGUUAGUUUGUUGUUUAACGUCGCACUCAAUAAUAUUCCAACUAUAUGACGGCGGUCUGUAAAUAAUCGAGUCUGGACCAGACAAUCCAGUAAU